AUGACUGAGGAUGAAGAUGCAAGAAACAUGAGGAGCGAAAGAUUAAGGCAGCUAAUAACAUCGGAAAUCUUCAAUUUUGAUCACAAAGAAGUUGACGAAAACUUGAAUUUUGAGCACAUACAACACCUAAUUGAUGGGUUCGAUAGGGCGAACGAACAAAGUCUCCGUUAUUGGUUCAAGGUACCAUUGUCCCUUCCUGUACACAAUGUGAGAUUUGUUGAUGAGAAUUUUAAUCGCAACCAAAUAAAUACUUCGCUUCACGGUUCCACAGUUUUCACGGAAGCCCUCAAUCACAUCAAAUUUUCAGCGAGAAAAGAAAUAAAAGAUUCAUUCUUCCAAACUAAAAUAAAUGCUCUAGGUGCUGAAUUAGAAAACAGAGCUGAGAUAUCUGGCUAUCAGACUUUAUACCAACUCCAUCAUCAAACAAGAGAUUACACAUUUGAUACAACUUCACUGCGUUCUAAAGAAGACGACGUCAGUCUGUGUUUCCAUAAUUUUGUAUUAUCUCACGUGUCUUGUAUCAUUAACUUUUUAUUUCCUUUCAGUUGUGUGAAGGGUCAAGUUAAUGCAGAUGGAGCAAGAGCAGAUUAUAUAUUUAUCAAUAAUAUGUUGUUGGAAAAUGAAAGACAAGUUCAAGUUAAGGUUUUGCCUAUCGAAAUGAAAGUAGGCGACAUUUCUAACAUCCAUAUUUGGGCACAGGAAGGGAGCGAUGGAAAACCACAAAACAGUGUGGCAUUUAGCAUUAUGCAUCAACUAUUCCAAUAUGCUGUGCUCUAUCAUCUGGAUGUCGUUGUUUUGUCAGAUUUUGAAAAGACGACAAUCAUAAAAUUUUUGUUCCCCUUAGAUAACACAGGUGGAAAUACAAUAGAAUACGAUUUUAGAUGUUUCAAUAUAACUGCUGCUCCUAUAACUGUGAAAUGGGUGUUAGCGGCGUUGGUAUACCAUAAAUUAAAGCGUCGAAAAUCAGAUAUCACAAAGGAGAAGAAAAAAAUUGAAAGUUUCUACUUGGCUCUAAUCAAAAAAAAAAAAUAUUGA